GGCGCUAUUUCUGUAACUGAAUAGAAGAUCAUCUUUCUUUUCUUUCAUUCGAGUCUCUUGUUUGCUACAGCGGCUGCUAAUACUCUCUCUCUCCCUCUGUGUGUGUAAGUGAGUGAGUGAGGCUCGAGACAGAUCCAGCCAGUCAGACGCCAGCAGUUAAGAGGAGUGCGAGCCGCCUCUGCUCUGUAACCACUCAGCACCACUCUGAACGCUGCACUCGCUGUUGUGUUUCAGGACAGGCAGGGAAGCAGGACCCCGAGAUACCCGGACGACCGGACCAGGGCCAGAUCAGCUCAGAAGACACACCAGUGGACUGGUUAAGCAUUAAUUACUGCAAAUAAGGAGCUUAUUGUAGUCCAGUGGACUGUACACUGUGUUGCACACUGUUACACACUGUACAUAGUACCGAUGCCGGAGCUUUCUUCAAGAAGGAACCCUGAGCUUCAGUGAGGGAUGGAUCCGUGCCAGGGAAGCAUGUAGGGGACAGGAUCAUUUUGGAACAGUAGAGACCUGCUGCUGUGACAUUUUGACAAAGGUGUGGUGGUUGAACUCUGUGGCAGAUCAAGUUUGGAAGGUGUUUUUGUUUCAUUCUGUAAAUAAUAUAAAAUAAUAAGAUUCUGUGACCUGUGGUUGAGCUGUCCUGUAGAGCCUGUCUGCUCAGUGUGACUGCAUGUGGAGCUGUGAUUUUGUCAUCCUGUUCAUGUGCCAUUCCCAUUAUUGUGUCCAGCAGCUGCAGCUCCACUGCAGCCUAUCUGUGCUCAGUGUGUGUAUCAGUGUGGGUUAUUCACAGUGCUGCUAUGCAGACUGACUGGAGCCACGCUCAGACAGCUCGACUGUAACCCCAAUUCUGGGGCACAGGCCUGGACUGCUUGCACAGAAAGGAACCUUUACAGCUGAGGAAAAACUCCCUGCAAGUGUUGAUCCAGAGGGACGACUCGUGCGGAAUAGCAGAUGUUACACAGCUUUGUGUCCUAAUGUAGCAAGAUUAUUCAGGAUGCUGCUAUGCAGACAGAGUGGAGCCACAGAAAACCUGCUGGUGAAGUUAAAGUAACACACACAACUGUGCAGCUUCUGUUAGUGCAGUUAGUGUUACACAGCUGAAAGUUUGUCUUAUUGAACCAAACUCACACUAGUUGAGUAUGAGUACAUUCUAAAUUAAAGUCUCACAUAGACUGGGACCAAAAGUUGUGUCAAAGUCCCCAUUGACUUUCUUACAGUAAUGAAGCAAAUGCUUCCAGCAAGAGAAAGUUCAGAAAGAUGACACUCAGUGAGUGAAAUAUUUUGUUGGACAGGCUUUAGUUCAGUUUAAUUUACAUUUUGCAUAUUGAAAAUAAGAUUUGUUGUUUCACUUCAGCUUGUUAGUUACACUAAUUGUUGGAAAAUGAAGAACCCUCAUCCACUGACUAAUACCUGGAAUAGAUCCAUGAACAAAGACCCAGUACUGAUCACUGCACCAGGCACUAACAAGAAGUUCAAGAGGAAGUCCCGGGAGCCUAAGAGGCUUUUCAGCGACCCUGAGCCUGAGAGGAUGAAAACCUACCCAGCGGACAUGUCUGAUGUGGACUCUGUGGAUGAGACAGAGGCUUGUAGUGUCAGCAGGUUGGCUCCAUUACAGAGGCAGCUGAUGAUGUCACAGGAGGCGAUGGCCAGCACUGCAGGGAUUCUGUCAGGACUGCCAGAACGCAACGUAGCUCCAGCUCAGAGUGGUGCCUUAGACAUGAGAAUUGGGAUUAAUGUGCCUGCCAUCACUUCUAAACCGUCCCAGUUACCUGCCUCUCCAUUUUCUAACCCAGAGAUCUCCCACUGGCCCACGGCCAUCUCCCAGCCUCUGUCCAACAGACUCAAACUGGGCCUCCGCUCCACUUUCCCUCUGUCAACGUCUACCAGCAGCAGCCAUAGCCACUCACCCAGCCAGCAGGCCUUCUCCCUGGAUCCCCCUCAGUCAGGCCAGAGUGCAGCUCUCUCAGUCCCUAGAGCCUCCCAGACCUCCCAGUGUCACGAUCACACGACGCCCCAGGUCCAGUCACCUAAGG